AUUUUACUGUCUGCUUAUUGAGCAAUACAAUAAACCCUAAAACUUCCAUCGCUUACUUUCAAUUUCCCUAACGUCUCAAACAUUUGGCGCUAUGAAGAGAAUCACUGAACGUGGAGAUUACGAGGAAACUUUGAAGGCGGCACCCUCCAUGUCGUUGUACUCAGUGACGUGACCUGGUCCGAUCUGCCUCCGGUUUUAACUUUAUCCCUGCAGAUUAAAACCCGCAAUAAAACGAUGCAGCGUUUGGUUCAAACGUUGGACAUAUUUCAGCACCGACACUGAAAGCGGCGGAGGAGAAGAUUCCUCGAUACCCAGCUACAUCAUGAGGAGAGCCCCGUGCUAACUUAGCUAGCUAGCGGCACGGUUAGCAUCUUAGCGGCUGCCCCGUCCACUUGAAGGCACAACUGAGGCUGCUACAAAGACUGCAUGCAGUCGUUGGUACCAAGGACACCAGCAAAAUGACCUCAGCUUCCACUAAAGUCGGUGAGAUCUUCUCCGCAGCAGGAGCUGCCUUCACCAAACUCGGAGAACUCACCAUGCAGCUUCACCCAGUGGCGGACUCCAGCCCCACCGGUUCCCUUCCUCCCACCAGCGGUCAGAACAAGGGAACCGUGAAGAGGAAGCUGUACGAAGACGGGGCUCUGCCAGCCUCCUCGGACGGGCCCAAGAAGGUCAUCAAGAAAAGCCUUGCCAAUGUUGCCAUGGCGACAAAGGGGACUCCAUCCGUCAUCUCUGUUCCCAAAGCUCAGGUUGCCAUGGCGUCCGGACUACAGGGUUCCCCCUCCAGGCAGCACGCGCUGAAGAAGCAGAAAACCGGAGAUGUGACCCUCAGUGCUCUUAACGACUCAGAUGUCAACAGUGAUCUUGUGGACAUCGAGGGACUGGGGGAAGGAUCCAACUCCAAAAAACUCAACAACUUUGAUCAAGAUAAUCUGGACUCGGGCCUCAUCAUGAACUCUGGUGAUCUUUCUCUGCUCUCCCGUUGACCUUUAUACCUUCUGUGGACUUGAAAUGAUGGACUCAGAACUAUGAAAAUAAGAGCGUAACUGGACUUCUCAUUUGAGCCAGAAGAUGCUUGAGUUGUGUGUGGUGUCAGACUCCUCCAAUCCUACGCCACUCCACAGUUGUUGGCACCAACUUUUUUUUUUUUUUUUUACUGCAAUCUUUUUUUAAUUGAGAACAUUCCCUCUCCUUAUUGAGUUUAGAUGUGGGUACGUCCAGAAAAUCCCAAAAGACCCAGAACAGCAAGGGAGGCCUUCCAACACAGGUACUUCCUGUGUUUUUUUAAAAAGUCAGGAAAACCAACAGAACGCUGCAGAGGAAUGACGCCUUUCUUCCUGAUGCACCCGAUGGAGAGGCAGGUCUUUGUCUGAACUGUGUAAAACAUUUUACUCCAUUUCAUGUUCAAUUCAGUUGUGCAAAAGUUUGAUUCAACUGAUUCUGUUUAGGUCAAACCUAUUGCACUAGUUAUUAGAGUAUUUAGAACAAAAAACCUGAUUGCUUCUGGUAUAUUUUUAAUGUAGGAAUUUGAUGAAUUCCUUCCUUCCUCUUAACCUGCCAUUAAAAUGUGUUGGAGUAGAAAAGACAA